UGACAGCCGACCCGGAAGUUCAAGCCAGUAUCCAGCUAGGGUCCAAAUAUUCUCUCGUUUAUUUUAAAAUAAGCAUCUGUCCAAGUUUUCACUCCCUGAAGCCUACACCGUCUGGUCUGUGUUGCUUGAGUUUAAACGCAAGACAGAGCAUGUUUACCUGUGUGUUUGGAAACAUCUUCCGGAAACGAAACCCUGAGUAAUCGGUCGGAAGUGAUAGGAGGGAGGGGAAGUCGCUGACGCCGAGGCCGGGCGGGCGGCUGGGAAUGGAAGGGAACUGACUGACUGCGGAGAAGUUGCCCCGGGAUUUCGCGCCGAGCCCCCUGCCCCGGAAAGCCCGCCGGGGAGGAGUGAGGAUCCCAGAGGUCACCACAUAUUGUUAAUAUUGCAUUCGUACCGCCUUCCUUCUCAUGUUCUGCAGUGACUCAGUCGAUGCUAAGGCCACGCAUACAUUUCUGAAAGUUAUUCAAUAGAAGUCUUGGGGUGCAUUUUCAUUGAUUAAAAAUGACUACCCUUGGGAGUUUAGAAACUAAAGUCACCCUGACUUCAACCCCAAUCAGAGGAGCAGGAGAUGGAAUGGAAACGGAGGAGCCGCCUAAGGCUGUUGAAGUCACCUCUGCAGUCCAGCCUGUGAAGCCCCACGUCCUUCCGAGUCCACGAAGGAAAGCGGUCGCCCCAGAGAACCCGGGAGUCCUGCAGCUGGGCAAGAUCCUCACCGAGAAAGCGGUGGAAGUCGAGGCUGUAAGAAUAUUGGUUCCCAAAGCUGCUAUCACCCACGUUGUCCCCAACAAGAAUGCCAAGGGUAAACCUCUCACACGUCAGAAAGGGGAGCUCUCUGGUCAGUCCGAGGGAGCGGCCGAGCCCCGGAAGGAGCUCGCAGAGGUGAAGAGCAGCCUGGAGAAGCUCAGGAACUCAGAAAGGAGGCUGCUGCAGGACCGAGAGGGCCUUUCCAACCAGCUCCGUGUGCAGACGGAGGUCAAUCGCGAAUUAAAAAAGCUGCUGGUGGCUUCUGUUGGUGACGAUCUUCAGUAUCACUUUGAACGUCUAGCCCGUGAGAAAAAUCAGCUUAUUUUGGAAAAUGAAGCCCUAGGUCAGAACACAGCUCAGCUUGCCGAGCAGUUAGAACGGAUGUCAAUACAGUGUGACGUGUGGCGAAGCAAAUUCCUCGCGAGCAGGGUUAUGGCGGAUGAGCUGACCAAUUCCAGGGCAGUUCUGCAGCGUCAGCACCGGGACGCGCAGGGUGCGCUCCAGGACCUGCUGAGCGAGCGGGAGCAGCUGCGCCAGGGAAUGAAAGCCACCCACACUUUGCUGGAGGAGCUGCUGGUCUCCCUGCAGUGGGGAAGAGAGCAGACUUACUAUCCUAGCGCCCAGCCGCACAGCACAGCGGAACUAGCGUUAACCAAUCACAAGUUGGCAAAAGCGGUAAAUGCUCAUCUUCUGGGAAAUGUUGGAACUAACAGUCAAAAGAAGAGUCCACCAGCAGUUGAAUUCUGCAGCACCCCAGCGGAGAAAAUGGCUGAAACGGUGCUACACAUUUUGGACCCCGCUACCAGUACAGAAAGCUCACCUGAUAAUCCGUUUUCUGAGUCUUCACCAACCACCUUACUUGCCACCAAGAAAAAUAUUGGGCGAUUUCAUCCCUACACCAGAUAUGAAAACAUCACCUUCAACUGCUGCAGCCACUGCCAGGGAGAGCUUAUUGCCCUCUAAUGUGGCAUCGGGCUUGCUGCAGGCCCGAGCCUGCCACCAGGAGUCAUUCUUAUUUGGAGCGGGGUUCCUAGAAUGCUGGAAGUAAUCUCACUUUCUACUUAAAUGGUGUUUCAUGUACGAGACUCCAGGUUACCCUUUUUUUACUAAAUGUCUCAGGGUCAGAACAGACAAAGCAGUGCAAAUACAUAGAGUGGAGAACGCUUCCCAGGUAUACACGAUGCUUCUCCUAAUGGGCUUUAAAAGGAAAAAUGAUAUACCUUCUUUUAGGCCCCAAAUCAUUAUCUCGCUAUAUAUUUUAUAUGAGUAGAUUUAAUUUUGGUAAUCACAAUCAACGACUGGCAGACUAUAGCCAUGGGCCUUAGGCAGCCACACCACCGUCACUGCUGUCUGCGGGGGCUCUUGUAGUAACACAGAGAGCUCCACGGAGGAGACAGGCUGCAAAGCCUAAAAUAUGUCCUCUUCGUCCCCUUACUGACCAUACUCUAAAUAAUCAGCAGAGGGAUGGGGAGGAAGUGUUUUUCCCCUUUUCGGUGAAUUUAGGGGGCCGGGCGCUACAAAGGAAGCUUAGGAAAUACAGUAGGUUGAAGGGAUAAAUCUUUUAAAAAGAAAUGCUGUAUAUUAGGAAAAUUAGGAAUUGACAGCUACAUUAACAAGAGCUUCAGCAAAAUGUGUUCUGUUUUUGUGCAGAGGAUUCCAUAUUUUGAGUGGAUGCCACUUGAUAUAUAUA